AUGACCGGGCAGGAGCAGUACGCCGAGGCCGUGGACGUUGUGGUCCACCCCGGGUUCAACUCCAUGGACAGGGACAGCGCCUACGCCCAUGACCUCAUGCUGCUGCGCGUGGAGCCCCCCUUCACCAUCACCCCCUACGUCCAACCCCUGGCCCUGCCCACAAGCCCCCCAGCCACCGGCACCAACUGCAUGGUCAUGGGAUGGGGGACCACCACCAGCCCCGAAGAGACCUUCCCCGACACCCCCCAGUGCGUGGACGUCUCCGUGGUGGGUGACGACGAGUGCCGGACGGUCUACGGCAGCAAAGUCACCGAGGACAUGUUGUGCGCUGGUGUGGCUCAGGGGGGCAACGACUCCUGCCAGGGUGACUCGGGGGGACCUCUCAUCUGCGACGGGGUCCUGCAAGGCAUCGUCUCGUGGGGCGACCACCCCUGCGGGCAGGCGGGGAAGCCAGGGGUCUACAGCCUGGUCUACAACUACCUGUCAUGGAUCCAAGAGACCAUAGGGGAGGACUAA